AUGUCACCAGCUACCGUACCUGAGAGACCAGCCGUCCCCGAAUUGCCUGAGCUCUCUAGAAAAAGGCUCCAGGCGGCUGGCAUCGAUCUGACUCAGGCUUAUCCUGAGCACCCCAAGAAGGUUCUCUACCUACAAGAUGUUUACAAACUCCGGGGCGAGGACCGUGAGUACGUCGACCCUGCUUCUCGUGCCGAUCCCGAAAAAAGGGCACUUUUCUCUGCUGCCAAAGAAGUGAAAGAUGUAACUGUCCAUAUCGGUACCGAAAUCACGGGCCUGCAAUUGAAGGAUCUUACAGAUCAGCAGAGGGAUGAGCUCGCUCUCCUGAUUGCGGAGCGAGGCGUGGUCUUCCUGCGAGACCAAGAUCUAAGCCCGCAGAAGCAGCUCGAACUGGGUGCUUACUUCGGAGAGGUCGAAGUUAACCCUCAAGAUGCAUACGUCCCAGGGCUUCCUGGAACAACUGUCGUUUGGCCGGCUUUCACCCAGACAAUGCCUAUGUUCAACUACUAUUUCCGCAACCCGUUUGGAACCCAGCGCUGGCAUACUGACAUGGCCUAUGAGCACCAGCCACCGGGCUAUACCCACCUGCACAAUGAUGCUGUUCCUGAGGUUGGCGGCGAUACGCUUUGGGCCAGCGGUUACGCAGCGUACGACAAGCUGUCGCCGGCAUUCCGCGAGAUGAUUGACGGACGCGAGUGCGUAUACCGUUCUGCUUAUAAGUUCCUCGACCGUGAAGAUCCUGAGGGCGGGCCCAAGCUCGUCGAGCGGACACAUCCCAUGGUCAGACUAUCAUUGUCCUUAUCAGCCACUGUUACUGACACUUGUGGCUUCAUCAACCAGGUGCACCCCGUGACUGGCUGGAAGUCGCUGUACGUCAACCGAGCCAUGACGCUGCGAAUUGUCGGGCUAGACCAGGGCGAGAGUGACGCCAUUCUGAACUACCUCUUCAGCGUCUACGAGGGCAACGUUGAUAUCCAGUGUCGCUUUAGGUGGACACCGGGCACCUCGGCUAUUUGGGACAACCGUGUUACCAUGCACAGUGCCGCGUGGGAUUACGAAGGAAAGGGGAAACGACACGGCACUCGAGUUUCCAGUCUUGCAGAGAAACCGUUCUUUGACCCAAAGGCUACCAGCAGGCGACGCGCUCUGGGAAUUGCUGGCCCGAAGGAGUACUAA